AUGAAGCUUCUUAACUGCUCCACCCUUCGCAUCGAGGAUAUGCAUCCGGCAAGAAAGCAGAAACUCGAAGAGCAGGGGGUUUCAACAGCCUACGCUAUCCUUUCUCAUAGAUGGGAGAGCGAUGAGGAUGAGGUCACCUUCGAAGACAUGGCCAGUGCCGAGAUAAGGUCCAAAAAGCUGCUUGGGUGGUCGAAGAUUGAGAAAACUUGCACCGAGGCACUCAGGAUCGGGAUCGCAUACGCUUGGAUAGACACUUGCUGUGUCGAUAAGCGAAACCUCACCGAGCUUACUGAAGCCAUCAACUCAAUGUUCAAGUGGUAUGCAGAGGCGGAAAUUUGCUUCGCGUACCUCUCGGAUGUCGAUUCAGGGGGCGAUUUAACGAAAUCCGUGUGGUUCACGAGAGGUUGGACCCUGCAGGAGCUCAUCGCUCCGGGCAGAAUGGAAUUUUACGACAAGCAUUGGAGUACGAUUGGUAGCCGAGUUGACCUUUCACAACAAAUACAACUACGAACAUCCAUCAACGCUGAAAUCUUGAGACAUGACUCAUCAACACGCCGAAGCAUUCAAAGCCUUCUGGCUGGUAUUCCGGUCGGCCGGCGCAUGUCCUGGGCCGCCGAUCGUCGAGCAAAGAAAGAGGAAGACCGUGCUUAUUCACUCUUGGGGAUCUUUGGCGUCAGUAUGCCUUUGCUCUACGGGGAAGGUGACCGAGCCUUCCUCCGAUUUCAGGAAGAAAUCAUCAAGGAGACCAACGACAUGUCACUGUUCGCUUGGUGCGACUCCACCGUCACUUCUACAGAUGGCUCGGCAGAGUUUCGCGGCAUCCUCACCACUACUCCGGAUCAUUUCCGCGAUCGUCGCGAUCUAACAUCCCUAAGCGAUCUAAGACGUGGCCCAGAGUUUACUGCAGAUUUGUUGGAGGAAACUGUGCGGAUUCCGGGCCGGGACUUCAGGUUUUCCUUCGACACCGAGAGACCGAAGUUGAUAGUGCGCGUCAUCUCUCAAGCAGCCAGCAGAGCCUACUGGGACCCUGAUACAUACAGAUUUAGUGAGACCUGA